AUGUUGGCCUCACGACAGCUCCUGGGCUCUGUGGCCCGGAGCCGCACUGCUGCCAGUGCCAGUCUGGGACUGCGCAGGAUGGCGACAGUCUCCGACUCUCCUCUUGACCGCAAGGCCGAAAGGGUCACUGACUCGCCGGAACAGGUCAAGCAGAAUAUCCACGAGGAGGGUAACUUCAUCAACUACAAGAAGAUGUCCGAGAACCUGGCCGUCGUGCGGUCUCGUCUCAACCGCCCCCUCGCCUACGCCGAGAAGAUUCUUUACUCCCAUCUCGACAACCCCCACGAGCAGGAGAUUGAGCGUGGUGUGUCGUACCUAAAGCUUCGCCCUGACCGCGUUGCUUGCCAGGAUGCCACUGCUCAGAUGGCGAUUCUUCAGUUUAUGUCUGCCGGCAUGCCUUCCGUUGCGAACCCCACCACUGUCCACUGUGACCACUUGAUUGAGGCUCAGAUUGGCGGUGCGAAGGACUUGGAGCGUGCUGUCGGUAUCAACAAGGAGGUUUAUGACUUCCUCGCCUCUGCUUGCGCUAAAUACAACAUCGGCUUCUGGAAGCCCGGUUCUGGUAUCAUCCACCAGAUCGUCCUUGAGAACUAUGCUUUCCCUGGUGGUCUUCUUAUCGGAACGGAUUCCCACACCCCCAAUGCCGGUGGUCUUGGCAUGUGCGCCAUCGGUGUCGGUGGUGCUGAUGCUGUCGACGUCAUGGCCAACCUCCCGUGGGAGCUCAAGGCACCGAAGGUCAUCGGUGUCAAGCUCACUGGCCAGAUGUCCGGUUGGGUUACUCCUAAGGACAUUAUCCUCAAGGUCGCCGGCAUCUUGACUGUCAAGGGUGGUACCGGUGCCAUCGUCGAAUACCACGGCCCUGGUGUUGAGGGUAUCUCUGCCACCGGCAUGGGUACUAUCUGCAACAUGGGUGCUGAGAUCGGCGCCACCACCUCCUUGUUCCCCUUCAACGACCGCAUGCACCAGUACCUCUCCGCCACCAAGCGCAAGGAUAUUGGAGACUUCGCCCGCACCUACGCCAAGGAGCUCCGCGAAGACGAGGGCGUCGAGUACGAUCAGCUCAUCGAGAUCAACCUGUCGGAGCUCGAGCCCCACAUCAACGGUCCUUUCACUCCUGAUCUGGCUACCCCCAUCUCUAAGUUCAGCGAGGCCGUCAAGGCCAACAACUGGCCCGAGGAGCUCAAGGUCGGUCUCAUCGGUUCCUGCACCAACUCCUCUUAUGAGGACAUGAACCGCUCUGCCUCAAUCGCUCGUGACGCUCUUGACCACGGCCUUAAGUCCAAGGCCAUCUUCACCAUCACUCCCGGUUCCGAGCAAAUUCGUGCCACCAUCGAGCGUGACGGUCAGCUCCAGACCUUCGAGGAGUACGGUGGAACCGUCCUCGCCAACGCCUGUGGUCCCUGCAUCGGUCAGUGGGAUCGCCAGGACGUCAAGAAGGGCACCCCCAACUCCAUCAUCUCUUCCUACAACCGCAACUUCACCGGCCGUAACGAUGGCAACCCGGCCACUCACUCGUUUGUCGCCUCGCCCGAUCUGGUCGUCGCCAUGACGGUUGCCGGCAGCCUGCACUUUAACCCUCUCAAGGACACCCUCAAGGACAAGGACGGCAAGGAAUUCAUGCUCAAGCCCCCCAGCGGUGAGGGUCUCCCCAGCCGCGGAUACGACCCGGGCCAGAACACCUACCAGGCCCCUCCCGCCGACCGCAGCACCGUCAACGUGCAGGUCUCUCCUUCUUCCGACCGUCUUCAGAUUCUGUCUCCCUUCGAGGCUUGGGACGGCAAGGAUGUUAAGGACAUCCCCAUCCUCAUCAAGGCCAAGGGCAAGACUACCACUGACCACAUCUCUAUGGCCGGUCCCUGGUUGAAGUACCGUGGCCACUUGGACAACAUCUCCAACAACAUGCUUAUUGGUGCCAUCAACGAGGCUAACGGCGAGGCCAACAAGGUCAAGAACUUCACCACUGGUGAGUGGGACGCAGUUCCCGCCGUUGCCCGUGACUACAAGGCCAAGGGCAUCAAGUGGGUCGUUAUCGGUGACUGGAACUACGGCGAAGGCUCUUCCCGUGAGCACGCCGCUCUCGAGCCUCGUCACUUGGGUGGUCUUGCCAUUAUCACCCGCUCGUUCGCCCGUAUCCACGAGACCAACCUCAAGAAGCAGGGCAUGCUUCCCCUUACUUUCUCCGACCCCGCCGACUACGACAAGAUCAAGCCCGAAGACAAGGUCGACAUCCUUGCCACCGAGCUUGAGGUCGGUAAGCCCCUGACCAUGGUCGUCCACCCCAAGGAUGGCGAGGCCUUCGAGGUUAAGCUUUCGCACACCUUCAACGCCCCCCAGAUCGAGUGGUUCAAGAACGGCAGCGCUCUUAACACUAUGGCCAAGUCCGCUGGCAAGUCAUAA